CUGGUAUCAGGCAAUACACAGCUUGCCUGCUUCGGGCGGGAAACCAGCGCUUUUGGCCGGGUAAGAGCUGGAAAAUGACGGUACAGUACAUCGAUGGGACGCGCCCGAACCCGGGGCUUUGCUUAUCUCAGCCUCCGCGCACAUCCAAGAGUUACCGAGUUACUUGCUGUACAUACAUCCAUUAUUAUUGUUUGCGCUCAACUUACAUCAAAUUCCUUCUCGACUGCCCUGGCCAAUUGCUGCUCUAUUGUUCUUAAUCUCCUGCGUUGUUGCCGUACUGUUCUAGUUCCCCCGCUCACAAUGUCUGCUGCUGCUGCUGCUGUCCGCACUCUCAACCCGCUCCGGACCAGGCUCUGGGCUGCCCAAAGAGUCUCCUCCCCAGCUCUCCGCACCGCAUAUAUCUCCCGCCCCGCCUUUCGGGAUUGCAGAAGAGGAUUCUCGCAGAGCUCCCUAUGGCAAGCGAAGAAGUAUACCGAACAGCAUGAGUGGAUUGAGCUGGCUGGGGAUGGAAAGACCGCCACAAUCGGUAUAACCGAAUACGCCGCCAACGCCCUAGGCGACGUCGUCUUCGCUGAGCUGCCCACCGUGGACACCGAAGUUGCUUCAGGCGAGACCAUCGGUGCCGUCGAGUCCGUCAAGUCCGCCUCAGACAUCCUCUCCCCUGUGACCGGCAAGAUCAUCGAGGCCAACACGAAGCUGGAGGAGUCGCCCAAGAUCAUCAACGAGAGCCCCGAAGAUAAGGGCUGGUUUGCCAAGAUUGAGCUGUCGGAUCCGACUGAGUUGGACGGCUUGAUGGAGAAGAAGGAGUAUCAGGCUAGGGUGGAGGAGGAGGCUGAGUAAAGAAAUGAUUUGGAUUUCCCCAAGAGGGGGUUCACAUUUUUGCCAUAUUUUGUUAAAUCAUGUUUUUUAUGAUGUCGGCUUGGGUUGUUUAUGGGUGAUGGGGAUCUUCUACCGUUUGACUUUGUUGUCUUUUUUUUUUCUCCCGCCCUAACCUUCCAUGUUGCGAUAUGUAUAUCUGCUUAUCUACUGAUGUUUCAACAUGUCAGGGUUGUGAUUUCCACUGCGUUAUGUGCUCAAAGUCACCAACACAUCCUUGUGCUCCUAUUAGAUCCAAUCGGGAAAGUGAAGACAAUAGAUGGAACAGAACUAAGGGGCAACCUGCGACUUCUUAUAUAUAUAUAUAUCUUUCAGAUCCUCACGAGGAGACGAAGGAAAAUAAAUGUCUGUUCAUCAAUCAGAUAUCAAUGCAAUUGAUCUAAAAUUUCCAGACCCAAAUCAGUACCCAAAUGCAAACCCAUGAAAUUCUAUACCUUUGCAUUGAGUACAAACACAAUCAAACACCACAAGAUGAUCCGAUGGCAAAAAGAAACGAGGAAAAAAAGAAAGCAGAACAAAUUUACUGUACAGAGAGAGCGUUUCCGAGCACCAAAAA